UCUUAAUUAAGAGUUUUCAAUUUUAGUAAUAAAAAAAUUAUAAAAUAAAUAUUGAUACUGGUGACUACCAGUAACGUAUCGAUUGGACGAAUGGAUAGACAACGGAUACAACGUAGGUGUAUUGUGUAAACACUUGUUUAGAAAGCUAAUGGAAUUGUUACAAAUGUAUACCUAUUAUACCGAAUAAAAUAUAAUCUGUUGCUUAAAAUAAAAUAAAAUAAACCUAAUUAUGCUUAUGUUAGUUUUAUAAUGAAAGAAAAACUAUGCAUUUUAAACACCUAAUUUUUCUCGCAGGUGUGCCGAUUGGCUUAUGAAAUAAUUAAUGGUAUCAAAUAUGCAGAUGCAUCAACUCAGUUUACUUCGCUAGAUGACAUGUAUCAUUUUAGCGACCAAAUUCGUAGACUGCAUGUUGCUAUAUUACCUCAUAAAUCAAACAGACCGCAAGAAAUGGAUUUACAAGUGGACGAUGAGAUCGAAGUAAUUGGAAAUGAAUGGAAUGGAUAUUCGAAGGGAACACAUUUGAGAACAAACAAAACUCUUCUGUAUCCUACUUUUAAGGUAAUACAAAAAACUGAAGUCAUGUAUUUUGCCAGUUACCCUGAUAUCAAAAUAAGCUCUGAAGAAUUGGAAGAUUAAUUAUUACUAAUACAUAAUAUAUAAUAUUAUUAUAACUUGGGAACAUUGUAAUGAAGAUUGAGAGUGUAAAAAACUUAUAGGUAGUAAAAGUAGUUCGAUGUGUAUUAUGUUACAGGUAUGGUCCAAAAAUGGGAAAAGUACAUUUUCCCGGAAAUUGUAAGCCUUAUUCAUAUUAACAAUAUAAUGUAUAUAUUAUAUCCACCUUAAAUAUGUAAAAAUAUGUAUUCAAUCGUAAGUCAUUAUCCAGAUAAUUUAUACUUUAAGCAAUGAGCUGUGGUUAUAAUAAGUAGACUUAGUGGUUAAGUCUUAUUAAUUCGGGAACUUACAAGGAUACUCCAUGAAACGUAAAGAUACCUACCUAGAUUAAUAUAUCUUGAUCGUAUGCUGAUUAUGUUGGUACAAUGGUCAAUACGCCAAACUCUUUAUAUGGUCAAUCUGAAUGUUUCUACGUUAUGAGUAUAUGUGAUACUAUAUUGUUUAGCUAUUCUUUCGACCCCCUCAAUUGAUUUAAGAUGAUUUAAAAUGGCUCCACAGUCCACACGUGAGUUUCGUUUUGACUCACGAAAAUCGAACAAUUCUUUAUUUAUAAUAAAAUAUAGGGAUUGACAUUGAUUACAAAAUUUAAUUUCCUGUAAACUAGCUGACUCGAAAAAUAAUAUUUGAUUUAUUGCGAUUUAAUCAAAUGUACAACAACUAAGGCAAUGUCCGUAUAUUUGUAGGUUAUAGAUUAAAAACCGACUGAUUUUAACCAACGAUUUAGUGAAUAUUCGUAAAAAUGUAUAAGAGAAUUGAAAAAGAAAAAAAAAACUUAGAACUACUUUAAAAAAUACACCAAGUGCUUUAUUCAUAUUUUUUCUAUAACCCUCGAAUUAGUUGACAGAGCCAAGUGCACUGAUGGUAGUAUAGGAAGUAUAAUUACCUUGUACCUACAACAGACAUUGGUGUUGACUCGUUUUCAAAAACAGAACCAGUCUAUAAAUUUUACUGAUUUACUAACUAUAAUUAAACACGUUGAACAUUAUAAAUUAUAAAGUUGUGCAAAUACUAAAAUAUAAUAUUUAUAGGUAGGUAUUUUUUUGUACAGGAUAAGUUUUACACAUUUCACACGUAUCGAAGCCACCUAUGUAAUAAUAUACGGUUGUGAACGAGUGA